AAGAAUUCGUCAGUAUACGCCGUGCUGCCUUGCCGGCAACUUCUUCUUCUUCUUCUCUGUAUGACGUGCGAUAGCUACUACGACAAUAUACGACAAUUUAAUCCCUUUCGACGACUAUUAAAAAUAUCUCGUUAAUUAUUUUCCGAUCGUCUUCGUUGAAAGAGAAAGAAGAAAGAGUAAAAGGCAAAAGAACAAAAACAAAAAAAAAUAAAAGAAAUUCUACGAAAGGGAAACGUCGACGAAUUUUUCGUAAACGCGCUUAUAAUCUUCCUCGUCGUAAUAAUUCUCUUCGAGUACGAAAAUACGAUCGGGAGAAAAAAAUCUGCGAGAAGUAAAUCGAUCGAUAUAUUAUCUAUCAUAUAUCUCGGGACGUCGUUGCAUUUGAUAAAGAAAAGUUACAAAGAUACAAGGGUGGGGGGAUAUUAAAAAAAAAAAAAAAGAAAAAGAAAAAGAAAAACGAACGAGUGAGACGCGCCUCGAAUUUUCGCGCCGAAAGUGAUCGGACUGGUAAAAGGAUCGACGAGUAAAGUAAAGAAAAAAAAAAAAUAAAGCAGAGAGAAAGAAAAGAAAAGAAAAGAAAAAAGAAAGAGAGAAAGGGAGAAGAGAAAAGUUGGAAAAAAAAGAGAGGAGAUCCGAUUUCGAGGCAAGAUAAUCGAGAAAUUUUCUGGGAAAAAAGGAAAAAGAAAGAAAGAUCGAGUAAAAGAUUUCUCUUACUCGAUCGAAUUCCAUCGAGUUUGGAAUUUAUCCUUGGUGGCGCCGUUAUUCGCUAUAUCGAUACGGCACUUUUAUUUCGCGAGGGAACACGUCAUCGUCGUCUCUUCGUGCUUCGUCUUCGUCUUCGUCUUCGUCUUCGUCUUCUUCGUCGUUUUCGUUGUCGUCGAGAGAGGAGGUAUCAGGAAAAGAAGAGGAAGAGGAGGUGGUAGUAGUAGUCGGUCGUUCGUAGGAGGAGAAGGAGGAGGAAGGAGAAGGAGGUGGUGGAGGAGGUGGAAGAAGGAGGAAGGAGGAAGGAUCAUCCUCCGUCGAGGUCGACGAGAAGAUCUUUGGCGGGGUUUUCCCUACACGGGGUGGGCCAAUUUCUCUCUAUCAAAACAUGGCCACGUGACCGACGGCGGCGCGGCUUGUAAACACAGAGAGUUUGACCACGUGGUUUGCCCCCACUACUAGGCGCAUCUUCUAUCCUUUUCUCUCGGUUUCUCUUUCCCUUUCUCGCUCGCACGUUCGCACGUUCGCUCGCUCGCUCGUCGUCGUUCGUCCGUUCUUUCGUUCGUUCGUUCGCGUUCGCGCUCGUUCGUUCGCAUUCGCGUUCGUUCGUUCGCAUUCGCUCGCUCGUAGACGUUCGGUCGUUCCCGCGUGUCUCUCGAUCGCGCGCAUACAGUCAGACACGAACGCACUUAGACAGAGGAACGCACGUAAACGAGACGUUCUCGCUCGCUCGCUCGUGGUUCGUUCGUUCGGUUGGUUGGUUGGUUGGUCGGUCGGUCGGUCGGUUGGUCGGUCGCUCAGUGUGUCUGUCCCUCUCUCUCUUUCCAUUCUAUCACCAUCUCUCUCCCGUCGAAGCGGAGAGGAACGCGGCGCGCAGCAGUAUUCUCGCUCGAUUGGCCGGCAGUCGUGGCCGAGUCGAUCCGUCGUUCGCGCUCGAUUUUCUUCGCGAUCCAUCGCGAGUGUUCUUCUCCCUCUUUCUCCUUUUUACUAAACGGGUUGGAGCGCGUGCAAGUGGAACCGUUAAAGCGCUCGCUCGCUCGCUUACUUAGUCGAUACAGACGUCUCGCUCCGAUUAGAUUCUUUCGGUACUCGGUUCCUUUUCGAUGGCUUUUAAAACGUGAGAGGGAGAGGAAAGGAGAGAUAGAAGGAUAGAAAUAUAGCGAAUAAUUACGAGAAAACUAUAUAAGAUCCAAGUUCUAAUCGAAAAGAAUAGAAGAUUGAAGAAGCAAGAUUCGUCCGUCCUCGUAUUUCUUCUUCGAAGAUUGAGAAGAAGAGAAGGAAGGAAAGGAAAUAAGAUUAAGAAGACAAAGAGUUUGAAACGUAUAGAAGAAGAAUAAAGAGUAGUAGUAGUAGGAGGAGGAGGAGGAGGAGGAGUAAUAGUACUAGUAGGAGUAGUAGUAGGAGUAGUAGUAGUAGAAGGAGGAGGAGGAGGAGGAGGAAGAGAAGAAGAAGAAGAAAGAGAAAAAAAGGAGGAGGAGGAGGAAGAGGAAGAACAGAGAAAGAGAGAGAGAGAGAGAGAGGAAGAAGAUCGAGCCCUUGGUUCGGUGCGCGCGAGCGCACGCGCGCACUCAAUUCUUAAGGUCGACGACUGUGAGAGACUACUAACUACCGGUACUUCUUUCGCCCGCGAAACAUGCUCGCGGUCAAAGUGGAAUAUACGGAGGAGGCCAACAUGAUGGACUCGGUAUCAUCCUCGACGAGUUCAUCGACCGUUUCUCAACAACAGCAGCAACAGCAACAACAGCAACAGCAACAACAGCAGCAGCAACAGGGAGUACCGUUCGACGAGAGCGGUUUUGAGCCACAAACGAGAGCGCGGUCCAACACGUGGCCGUUACCCAGGCCCGAUGGAUACGUCGAAGGUAACGUUGGAGUCGUCGUUGGUGGUUCUGGUGGUGGUAGUGGUGCUUGUGGUGUACAAACUGGAAACGACAUCGGCGAGGCCGGUGGUACACCACCGCAACAAGGAACUUUGGGACAAACAGGUGCCACUGGUGCACCUUUAUUCCCGGUUAAAAAGAACUCGUCGAGAAGAAACGCAUGGGGUAAUCUAAGCUAUGCCGAUAUGAUUACUCAAGCGAUCACCAGUGCACCCGAACAAAGGCUCACCUUAUCCCAGAUAUACGAGUGGAUGGUCCAGAACGUUAACUAUUUCAAGGACAAGGGUGAUAGCAAUAGCAGCGCCGGUUGGAAGAACUCCAUAAGACACAACCUAUCGUUGCACUGCAAAUUCAUGCGAGUGCAGAAUGAGGGAACGGGAAAGAGUUCCUGGUGGAUGAUCAAUCACGAUGCUAAGCCCGGGAAAUCGCCACGACGUAGAGCUACGUCGAUGGAGACUAGCAAAUUUGAAAAAAGACGUGGUCGAGUUAAGAAGAAGGUCGAAGCAUUGAGAAACGGAGUUUUGCAAGCCGAUGCUACACCAAGUCCAAGUAGCAGCGUCAGCGAGGGUUUGGAUCUUUUCCCUGACAGUCCACUUCAUCCAGCCAGUGGAUUUCAACUUUCACCAGACUUUCGACCUCGAGCAUCUAGCAACGCGUCCUCCAGUGGUCGAUUGAGUCCGAUACCAGCGGUCUAUGGGGAGCCAGAAUGGACGCCAAACUAUGCGCCAUCUUACAGUCCAGAACAAUUAGAUACGAUUCUAGCCGGUAGCCUCGCGGAAACCAUGAAAUUGGAGUCUUAUCAAAUGUAUCAAACAUCACCCCCUAAUCAUCAGCAACAAGCUGGUCCUCCACCUUCUUAUUUCGAAACGCAAUACCAGAGGAACAACACUUUACGCACCGGUUCGUCCUCUUUCGGACUUCCACCUACACCACAACCCAGCAGCCAACAGAGAUGCCCGAUACAUCGUUUACAAGCUUGCGCUUGUCAAAUGAACCUGAGUCCAGUUUCUGGAAUGUCACCUUCAUAUCAACAAAGCGAGCCAAGCCCAACGGCACUGAGUAACAGUCAACAACAAACGAUCCAGUAUAUGAUUCAGAGUCAACAGCGGCAGCAACAGCAGCAGCAACAGCAGCAACAGCAACAGCAACAGCAGCAGCAGCAGCAGCAACGACAUCAACAACAGCAACAGCAGCAACAACAGCAGCAGCAACAACAGCAACAACAACAACAGCAGCAAGCACAAAGUGGACCAGCGGGGCCGAGUCCGCCAAACACACCUUCCCCAUGUGAUUCAACUCCAAGUACAAUGAUGGGACAACUAAUGGGUGCUCUUAAUAAUUCGGCCCUUCUCGAUGAUCUCAAUAUUAACAUCGAAACGUUGCAUGGUGGAUUCGAUUGUAACGUCGAAGAGGUAAUAAAUCACGAGCUUUCGAUGGACGAAACGCUGGACUUCAAUUUUCAACAAGGCGUUAUGGGUACAGCGGCGAUCCAGGUUAGCGACGGUAACAUCGGUCAAAAUGGUAUAGUUUCUCAAAACAAUGUCGGGGUUGGUAGCGGUACCGGAAACGCACCAGCGGGAGUCUACAUGAGCACCAAUGCGGCGACUCCCGCGGCACCACCUUCUUGGGUUCACUAGCAGUGGACCCCUUUGCCCUCGACACCACCGUUGUCCUUACCAAUUCCAUCGACCAACAUCGAUGGAUGGGACAAUUAUUGCGGGAUGUCGGAGGAACAAUUCGACUGUCCGAUUGUCGAGGAUGCAAGGAUGGAUCGAGCACUUGUGAUAAGAUGUAGACAUAAUUAUACCAGACCACGACGAUACGCAUACUUCAAAAAUACUAUUUUACGUUAGUGCAAUUAUUGACGCGAGGAAUAAUUAACGGCAAGAGACAGAGAGAGAAAGAGAGAAAGAGCUAGAGAGAGAAAAAGAGAGAGAGCGAGAGAGAGAUAGAGAGAUAGAGAGUGUCUAUCACUUCCAUCCUCCUCCUCCUCCUUUUUCUGCUCCUCACCUCCUCCUCACCUGCUUCUCCUCCUCCUUCUCUUCCUCCUCCUUUUCUUCCUGUUAGUCCUUCUCAUCCUCGUCCUCCUCGUCCUUCUCAAAAAGAGUAGAAUGGUUGGAUGUUUGAAUGAAAAGAAAAAAAGAAAUAAAUAGAUAAAUAAAAAAAGGCAGAGUAGGCAAGAGGAAUGAAAGAAAGAGAGAGAGAGAGAGAGAGAGAGAGAGAGAGAGAGAGAGAGAGAGAAAGAGAGGGAAAGAAUUCGUUCUAGAGGAGAUUAAUGAGACAACAAAAAGAAAAAGGAAAAGAAAGGAAGAAGAACAAAAAAUAUAUUCAAAGACGAUUUCUCGAUCAAAAUCAAUCGAUUUAUCUCGUACGUUAUUAUCCUCGAGAAUAUGUUCGAUAUUUGUAUUUUUAUGAGAG